AAAACUUCACUAGUGUCAAUUUCAGUGUAUUAUUUCUGUUUUGUUUACCGAACACAUUGUUUACUUCCUAUAUAAUAUUUGCUUUUUCAUAUUUAUUUCUCCAACACAUUAUUAUAAAACAAGCAAAAAUAAUUGCAUUGUUUUUGAGAAAAUAGGAAGUUGUAUAAAUAUUCUGUUAUAAUACUCGUUUUAAGUUAACUCAUAACCUCAAAAUGUCUGACGACGAAGAUAUUCCGGUGAAGAAAAGCAAGCAAAUACAUUAUGGAUCCUUGGAAGAGCAGGAGAAAGCGCGAUUGGCGGCGUUGGCCGCGGCUGCCAGGGAAGGUGUCGAAGAAACUGGCGGCAAAGACUUGGGAGAUAUCCAAGUUUCUAGCGAAUACAUGGAGCUGGAAGAGGAGAUGUCCAGGGACAAGAAGGCUUUACUGGAGGAGUUCGAACGGAGACGCAAGGCCCGCCAGCUGAACGUAUCCACUGAUGAUGAUGAGGUGCGUCGCAGUCUCCGACAGCUGGGUGAACCCGUGUGCCUGUUCGGCGAGGGACCGGCAGAGAGGAGGGUGCGUCUGCGAGACCUGCUCAGCUACCUGGGCGAAGAUGCCAUCCACAAGAAGCUGGAGGAGGAGGAGGCUCGGAUAGAGAGGGACCGCGGCCGCGAGGGCACCUGGUACCACGAGGGGCCCGCCGCGCUGCGGGACGCCAGGCUGUGGAUCGCGCGCUACUCACUGCCGCGGGCCAAGCACAGGCUGAACAAAGCCCGCGAGGAGCUCAAGGUGGCGGGCAGCGUCCGCGCGGCCGCCAAGCAGGAGUCGCAGCGGAGGGCGUCCGCCAUUUCCACGUACUGCAGCCAGAUCGGCGACACGCGUCCCAUCAGCUUCUGUCGAUUUAGCAGCGACAGCAAAAUGCUUCUUACAUCCAGUUGGUCCGGGCUGAGCAAAGUGUGGUCGGUACCUGACUGUACACCGCUACAAGUACUGAAGGGUCAUACGUGCAACGUCAGCGCGGCCACCUUCCAUCCUGCGGCCACCAUUCCUGACCACUUCCUCAAGAAGAUUAAUGAGGGGAAAGAAAGUGAAGAAAACGAUACAAGUGGACCCAUGGAAACAAGUGACGAUACAACGACGGUUUGCAGUAUGGCGUCUUGCGCGUACGAUGGUUCUGUCCACUUAUGGAACUUUGUCAGCGAAGCCCCAAUCGCAUCUCUGGAGGGUCACAGUCCGUCGCGUGUAGCCAGAGUAGAGUUUCACCCGUCAGGCCGUUUCCUCGCCACAACGGUCUUCGACCACUCCUGGCGACUCUGGGAUUUAGAGACAGCUAAGGAAGUGCUACACCAAGAGGGUCACGCCAAGCCGGUAUACAGCGUCGCGUUCCAAGUGGACGGCUCUUUGGCGGCCACUGGUGGUAUGGACGCGUUUGGGCGUGUGUGGGACAUACGGACGGGCAGGUGUGUGAUGUUCCUGGAGGGCCACCUGGGUCCGGUGCAGGGCAUCGACUGGUCGCCGGCCGGCCACCAACUGGCCACCGCCGCUGCAGACAACCAGGCAAAAAUCUGGGAUCUACGCAGACGAGCUCCGAUAUACAGCAUACCUGCGCACACGCACCUGCUUAGUGAUGUCCGCUACCAGCGUAGCCACGGCCACUUCCUGCUGACGGCCUCAUACGACAAGUCGGCCAAGCUGUGGUCCAACCCCGCCUGGCACCCUCUCAGGACCCUCUCCGGACACGACAACAAGGUGAUGAGCGCUGACAUAUCGUUCGACAACAAGUAUAUAGUCACGUGCUCAUACGACAGGACGUUCAAACUGUGGGCGCCAGAGCUCGCGUAGUGUAAACACUUAUCAGCUUUCACCAUCGCACCGCUCAUCAUCACCAAGGACUCCAGCCUUACACCUUGGAACCGGAAUGGUCACUCACAGUGCGGUUUCAAAGAAGCUUCCUCCCGCGAACACUCAGAUCGUGGAAAUGUCUUCGUGCCAAGACUUUCUGGACUACAGUAUGGGGUUCUUCAAAAAGAACGUAUUAUGGAGUUUGUUAUACAACACAGGGGGCAAACGAGCAAGCGGCUCACCUGAUGGUAAGUGACUACCACCGCCCAUGAUCACCCGCAACACCAACGGCAUUGCAGGUGUACUGGCGGCCUUUUAAAAAGGAAAAUGCUCUUUUCUUGAAGGUUACGAUGUCGUAUCGGUUCGGGAAUACUGCUGCUGGAAGUGGAUUCCAAAGAGUGGUUGUGUGUGAAAGUGGCUUGAAAAAGGGCGUAUUAAAGUUUCUUAAGGCGAGUAACAUUCCUGAUGCUGCAGGCGUCCAUAGGCUACAGUGACUUUACUAUCAGACGGGCCGUAUGCUUGUUUGCCGUCAAAAUAGUUUUUUUUUUUUUGUUGGGUGAAAAUGGUAUGGUAACCCCGCCUGCGCUAACGGGAUACACUGGCGGAGCACCAGUGAAGGGUGAUAGAUGAGAAUGAAAACAGGCCAACUGGCCUGUUUUCAUGCCCAUCAUGAUGAACUCAUCUGGAAUUCACCAUGAUAGUUUCCAGGGGGAGCCGCGAGGAGGUCAACCUGGUUGGGUAUAUUGCUAGCAAUGGGAUUUUCAGUCUCCAUUACUAACAAUCCCUUUCCCCCAUUUGUAAGCGAUUAAAAUUGUAAAUUUUAACAAUAAAAUGUUUUCGACAUA